CGGUCAAGAGUAUGCCCUCGACCUCUUUAAUCUCAUAUGUUAUGGAGCAGUAAAAGAACCCGACAAAAUUAAUCCGCUUCUCUCCACAGACAGACAAAUAAUAAAGCUUUGAGAUGUCGUCUUUAUCUGAGUGCAUUACCUGACAAAAUUAAUUCGCUUCUCUCCACAGACAGACGAAUAAUAAAGUUACGUCUAACAGCGAUACAAAAAGGAUAGAGUUUUGAGAUGUCUUUAUCUGAGUGCAUUACCUGGGUGACUGUAGGCUUAGCCGAGUCUGUUGCUAUAGUAACACUCAACCUCUGUACGAUAAUUGUUUUCAUAAAAAACCGUAAUCUCCGCAAGCGUAGCACGUACCUGGUGAUAAAUCUAGCGGUUAUAGAUAUGUUGGCUGGGGGAUCUGCUGUAUAUGACUUCUAUAGGGUUGGAGCAGACUGUAAUGUAUGGAAGUCGCAUUCAAUUGAUGGUUGGGUACGUUAUAUACUUUAUGUACUCCUGCUCUUGUUCCCGAUUAGUUCGUUAUCAAACAUCACCAUUAUUGCUUUAGAACGGAUGCACGCCACGUUUUGGCCGUUAAGGCAUCGUGUGCUGAAGAAAUCUGCGUACGGAAUAAUAAUUGCCGUUGUAUGGGUUACUGCUGGCUUAACAACAAUUACUCAUAUCCUUCUUGACCAUUUUGGAAAGUUAUCUGACGUUUAUUUUUACUUGAGGAUUUCAUUAGCUGUGAUGUGCCUUUUGAUUAUUUUUGUUUCUUACGUGUUCAUUGUUAUUAAGGUUCGUUGUGGAGCGCAGCCUCGACACCAUGGUCCAGCCAGUAGAGAAAGAAAACUGACCAUGACAUUGUUGAUUGUGACUGUGGUAUCUCUUCUGCUGUACCUGCCAUUUAAUAUAUUAUAUUUCCUCAUUUUUAUCACUAAAUCCGAAAUAUUGCUAUCACUGUCCCCUUCGGAGAGUUUUUGUUUAUUUAGUGCAAUAUUUGCUUUAUUUUACGCCAACCACCUUGUAAAUCCUAUAUUAUACGCUAUCCGCAUGCCAGAAUACAGAUCAGCUUUACUCGCACUCUUUCGCAAACGACCUCAGUGA